CGGAAGCCGCCUGGGAACCACCUGCGCACCGCGCGGGCUGCGAGGAGGGCGAGCGCUCCAGUGCAGAGCCCUGUAUUUUACAGCUCUUCCUCGCUCACAGGCUUCACAGCAAACUACGAAGUGGGCAUCAUCUCCAAUUUACAGACGCGGGAACGGGGUCCUCUUGAGAAACUGUACUUUCCCAAACGUAUGCAAAUUGUGAGUGCCCAGUGUCUCCACUGGCACCAACAACAUGAGCUGCUUACGUUUCUCGGAGCGGUCCCCACUUCCAACAAGCAAAAGAUCCACAUUCUUUGACCGCCCCGAGCCGUCCUGCAUCUCCAGAUCUCCAGGUCUUUCCUCGUGACACCUCCUCCAUCCCCCCACUUUCACUGCGAGCACCCCAGAGGCUGAUUCCACUCCUCGGAAUGCCUUCCCCCCGGCGGGUUAUUUUUAGAAUACUAGACUCACACCCAACCACAUCACAUUGUCUUGAGUUAUUUGUUUUCGGGAGCUUGUCUCCGCCUAGCAACGGGUCUGCUAAGAACUGGAUCGUAGCGCGGAGCCGGGCCAGACAGGCGCUCUUGCUCUUCCUCGGCCCUGCGGCGGGAUCCGCCGGCCCAGGGGCCUCUCCCCGGACUCCACGCGUGUCUGGAGGGCUCUCGGGUUAGGGAAGUGGUGGUUGGAGACGCCCCGGGCGGCCGGGCGGUGGCGGGGCGCGGGUCCUUUAAGAAGGAACGCGGGGCGCGGCCAGGUAGGGGCGGGUCCCGGGCGGAUCAGCGCUGCGCCGGCGCCUGCCCGGGAGCCGGAUUUGGAGCGCGCGGCGCCGGUGGGGGCGGAGGGGCGGGGCGGUGGGGCUUCCAGUGGCCUCGGACGCUCCUCCUGGCUCGCGUCCGCCGCCCGCCGCCACCUGCGCCUCCAGCUCCUUCGCCCCGGCGGGCCUGGCCGCCGCUUCCGGCAGCUCACCUGGGCCGCGCUCACCUGGGCCGCGCUACCUGCCUGCGGGCGCCUGGGCUCCAGGAUGAAGGACCGGCUGGAGCAGCUGAAGGCCAAGCAGCUGACGCAGGAUGAUGAUACUGAUGAGGUCGAGAUUGCUAUCGACAACACGGCUUUUAUGGAUGAGUUCUUUUCUGAGGUUGAGGAAACUCGGCUUAACAUUGACAAGAUCUCAGAACAUGUGGAGGAGGCUAAGAAACUCUACAGUAUCAUUCUCUCUGCACCGAUUCCAGAGCCAAAAACCAAGGAUGACCUAGAGCAGCUCACGACUGAGAUUAAGAAGAGGGCCAACAACGUCCGCAACAAACUGAAGAGCAUGGAGAAGCAUAUUGAAGAAGAUGAGGUCAGGUCAUCAGCAGACCUUCGGAUUCGGAAAUCCCAGCACUCUGUCCUUUCUCGGAAGUUUGUGGAGGUGAUGACCAAAUACAAUGAAGCUCAGGUGGACUUCCGAGAACGCAGCAAAGGGCGAAUCCAGCGGCAGCUCGAAAUUACCGGCAAAAAGACAACAGAUGAGGAGCUGGAGGAGAUGCUGGAGAGUGGCAACCCAGCCAUCUUCACUUCUGGGAUCAUUGACUCACAGAUUUCCAAGCAAGCCCUCAGUGAGAUUGAGGGACGGCACAAGGACAUUGUGAGGCUGGAGAGCAGCAUCAAAGAGCUUCACGACAUGUUUAUGGACAUCGCCAUGCUGGUGGAGAAUCAGGGUGAGAUGUUAGAUAACAUAGAGUUGAAUGUCAUGCACACAGUGGACCACGUGGAGAAGGCACGAGAUGAAACUAAAAAAGCUGUGAAAUACCAGAGUCAGGCCCGGAAGAAACUGAUUUCACUCCAGCCUGGUGUGGCCACCCUUGUCUUCAGAUGAGAAUGGAAUCUGAAUGGCCUUCCUGAGAGCGAGUGCUACCCGUUCCUUUGUUUCCUUGUGACCACCCUUGGACCUGACACUCAGCUAACAAUCUAGCCCUGGGGGAAUGCGAUCUACCUGAUGCGACCCUGAGUUCUCCUCAGAGCCUCCUCCUGCCCCACCGGCUCUCAAGUACCUUUUCUCCUGGACUGUGUGAACCCACCCUGCUUCCUUCCUCCCUGUCCUGUGUCAGAUUUUGCCUUGCACCUGGGAAAGCCCCUGGGAGAUUCUCCCAAGGUGCUGUAUUUUUCUACCUCAUGGAGUAUUCUCCCAGAAACUGCAAUGUAUUUUUUUUAGGGGAGUAUCUUCAACAAAGCAGAAGGAUUCUUCUAAGUUUGGCAACAAUAAGGCUUGCAUCUGAGUUUUCUACCUGGCAGGAUGCCAAUCCUGUUUUUUGUCCCUAUGUCCUGAAAACAUGAGGGACUGGCAGAUGUCAUUUUGGUCUGAAGAGUUGACUUGUUUGAAAUUCAGCCUUAAAUUAAGCCCUUAGUUGUUCAGCUUGGAGGGCAACUUUGAUUUUUCUGUAUGUUGUAGUCUCUCAUAUUCACUUGAGGGAUCAGGAUGACACAGUCAUCUGAGGUUAUGCUUUGCAAAAGGCUGAGGGUAUGGAAUAUUUGUUUCCAUGUCUGAGUCUUAGAAAUCGCUGUGAUGCUUUGUGAAGCUAUUGCCUUGGGGCCAAAAAUAAUCAGGGAUUUUAAACUGGGUAAGGGACAAGGUGCUAGAAUCUUAAGCUCUGGAAAUAUUUCAUGACACUGGUGUAUUCACUCAUGUGUUCCAGAUGUAUUCUAAUUGUGUAUGAGAUGUUUGUACACAUGUGUGUGUCUCUCAGGAAGUAGGAAAUAAAAAUGGAAGAUACUAUGACCUCAAAAAAAAAAAAAAAAAGCCAGCUUUGAGCUAGGAUAAAAAUUGGGUGAAGGACAUUUGCUUACCUGCAAAUGAAUCACUAUGGAAAUGUGAUCUUCCCAUAUCAUCAAGAAACUUGUUUUCUGGAUGAGUACUGGGAGAAUAAAAUGAGAACUCUGGAGUGCGCUAAACUGAUCCCAAUUAAGUUUUUCUGCUUAGCAGACAGAAAGUGUAAUUUUUUGACAACCUUCCCCACAUGCUGCCUGUGCUAGGCUUGUCCUGAGAAUGUCCCUCAGUAAUUUGAUAUUUAUGUGGCCUACAGGAUGUCCCAUCUGCAGGGCUGAGUCAGUUGGGGAACACCGGAGGCUACACAGGACCUCUUCUUGCUACUGGGUUAAUGAGCUUGGCAGGUUCUUUGUCUCAUCCAGUUCUUAUUAUGUACGCAGCAGCAGCCACCAGGAAAUCUUCAAGUGUAGCACAAGUCUGUGCUAACCCAGUGGUAAAAUCCCUUAGAUCCCCCGCUGGUCUCUGGUAGUCUUCUUGAUUUGGGGUACCAUGUAUAUUUUCAGCUUUGACUUUAAUGCUUUCUAGGAUGGGGUGAGCACCCUUAAUUGAGGCAUUAUCCAUUAGCUUCCUUUGCGAAGGCUACUUACUGCCGGUCACAAUCCAGCACUCAGACAGAGCCAAGGGGAUAUUCUCUUGCCCACGGCUAUGAUGUCAGACAGUGCAUGGGUUCUAGCAACAAGAGACAAGAUCACCAAAGGCCUUUGCUCCCCUCUGACAUGGAGGCCUGGGGCUUACAGUUUGGAAUACAACAUGUGAAGGGUUUUUUUUGUUGUUGUUGUUUAUACUUUUUAAAUGUAAAUUUGAUUAUUUUAUUGCUAAUUUAAAAAUAAAAAUGACUUUAUAUUGAUUGUGAAA